UGGACCGACACAUUGAGGCAGCGUAGCCUAGGCUACUGACAAAAUUAUACAGUGGCGGUAACGUUAGUUAAUGUUAGUUAACUAAACAACAACCCGACAUAGAUUGGAGAAAUGCAAUGAAAGUUAACACAUUGUUGUUACGGCUGAUCAUCCCCAUUGCCUCCUGUAUAUCGCAGCUUAACCGUUAACAUUAGCAGCGAACUACCUGAAGUGUUCAUUGAACGUUGUCCUCCACGUUGCUUGUUUUCUUUGUCGGGUGAAACAUAGAAAUGAUAGCAAUCCAGAAAAUCAGCAUAUUUCAAGGGCUCCUGAAUGUUGCCAAACGACAGAAUGUUGCAAAAUGUUGCAUAGGUCAGUCACUCACAAGUUACCGAUGUCUGUACAAAACAGCAUGGCUGGCCACAUGUACUGCUCAACCAUCAGAGAGGAACAUUAUCAUAAUGGGUCCGCCGGGAGCAGGGAAGACCUCUGUCGGCCGGAUGCUUUCCAAAAGACUAGGUAUGCCUGCUAUCGACAUUGACGAUGACGUCCUAGAGAAAGCAUGGCUCAUGCCUGUGGCAAAGAAACUUUAUCAGGUGGGUGGGGAGCGGUUCCUGGAGGAAGAGGGUCAGACCGUGUCAGACUUCUCUGCCUCCAGGAGUGUGAUCUCACUGACUGGCUCCAACCCACUCCACUCAGCUGCAAUGCAGCAUCUCAAGAAGAACGGGCUAGUGGUCUACCUGGAUGUAGACACAGACGACAUCAUUCAGAGGCUCACCAGAAUGAAAGUGAACAGAAUUGUGGGCCAGGAAGCCGGUACACCCAUGACUGACAUACUAAUGUACAGGAAACCUUUUUAUGAGAGAUGGUUGGACAUUAGGGUGUUCUGUGGGAAAGGGGAUACCAUAGAGGAGGUGACUGAGAAAGUGCUCAGAGCUCUGAACAGGUACGACGACUCUGAUUCAGAGACGUUUAUCUCAACCCGGAGCAGUGUGACAGGUGUGGGUGGAUCAGAGGUUGAGCCCAAGUUCUUUAGUGAUGUUGUUGUGGAGGGACUCGCUCCCGAUGGGGGGCUUUAUGUGCCCAAGGGGGGCUUCCCCAAGUUGGAACCCCAGGAAUGGAAGCGCCUGGCUAAGAUGUCUUACCCCCAGAGAGCCUGUGCCAUCUUAGAGCAGUGCAUUAAUCCGACAGACGUGUCCCCCCUGGAACUCGGACAAAUGGUUCGGCGUGCUUACGGCACCAACUUCUCCAGCGAGGCCAUCGCUCCGGUCAGGCACCUGGUGCGCAACCAGUACGUGCUGGAGCUGUUUCACGGCCCCACAGCCUCAUUCAAGGACCUAGCCCUGCAGCUCAUGCCCCAACUUUUUGCCCACUGCCUGCCCCAGAUGUGCAACUACCUCAUCCUGGUGGCCACGUCCGGCGACACCGGCAGUGCUGUGCUCAGUGGCUUCGGCGGCCUGGAUGCCAACGCCCGCCACAGGGUUGGUGUGCUGGUCUUCUUCCCCGAGCAUGGUGUGAGCGAGAUCCAGAAGCUGCAGAUGACCGGCAUCAGGGAGGGCAAUGCCAGGGCGGUCAGCGUUGUGUCGGACUUCGACUUCUGCCAGAGGGCCAUAAAGAGGAUGUUUGGGGAUGCUGGUGUGGCGGGGCACCUGGCGGUAGAGUACGCCACGGUCUUGAGCACAGCGAACUCUAUCAACUGGGCCCGGCUGCUACCGCAGGUGGUGUACCACGCCUCCGCCUACCUAGACCUGCUCCGGGACCGCGUGGUGGCGUUUGGGGACCCCGUCGACGUGUGCAUUCCCACAGGGAACUUUGGCAAUGCCAUGUCAGCCCUGUACGCCAAGCAAAUGGGUGUCCCCAUCAGGAAGGUCAUCUGUGCCUCCAAUCUCAACUGCGUUGUGGCAGACUUCAUCAACACGGGGCGGUACGACCUCAGAGGCCGAAAACUGAUGCUCUCCCACUCGCCGGCCAUCGACAUUCUGAAGUCCUCCAACCUGGAGAGGUUCGUCCAUCACAUCUCAGAUGGGGACAGUGGCCUGGUGAGAGAUCUAUACACCUGCCUGGAGAAGCGGCAGUACUUUGAGCUGUCUGCGGAGCUACUGCACAAGAUAAAUCAAGAUGUCUGGGCUGGCUGGUGCUCUGAGGAGGAGUGCCUAGCCACCAUCCGGCAUGUGUAUUCCCAGACGGGCUAUGUCAUGGACACGCACACUGCUGUGGCUAAGACAGUAGCUGACCGGCUUCAGGAUCAGUCCACCCCCGUGGUCAUUUGCUCCACUGCUCAUUACGGCAAAUUUGCUCCGGCAGUGCUGAGGGCUCUUCAGCGGGAGAGCAUCCCCACAGAGCCCCUGGACCAGUUGCAGGGGUUCAGCUCACCUGGGACCGUGCCCCAGAUGCACAGUGCCCUGCUCCAGUGCCUGAGAGAAAAUAGGAGCCAGCCUCACAGAGUGUGCCAGGCUGACUUCCAUGCGCUGACAGAGGAGGUGGAGGCCAUGAUAAGAGAUUCAUUUCUGAAUGUUCAAUAAGCAUUUGGUAGAACUUUAAUAGUGUCCAUAAUCAAAUCUGCACACCAGAUGGCAGUAUGCCCAUACUUUUGAAAUAUAACUGGGAAUGUGGGUUAUAAAAUGACACUGAAUGCUUUGAUAAUGAAGGUUGUAAUGUGAAGUGAAUCCGAAUCACUCAGAAUUACUGUUUAUUUGUGAAUCAGAAUCACAGAGUGCCUCAGAAUUACUGUUUAUUUGUGAAUCAGAAUCACUAUUCCCACAUGGUAGCUAAAAAUAGAACCCCUUACUUUCUUGCCAUGCAACUGGUGCACUGAGGUCAUCCUCUGUGGGGAAGAAGGUGUGCUAAAAGCAGGGAAGAACUAAACAUGUUAAAUGGAGGAAUCUUCAUAAAAUGAAAGGACACUAACCGAAAUAAAAGUGCAUGGAAGCUGGAUAGGAUUUUUUGUAGAGCUCUUACAGUCACUAGGAAAGUUUUUUGUUCAGAAUUUCCCCAGAACUACCCCAGAUGACAGUCCUACUAAGUUAACUAUGGAAGUCAACCUUUGUCCCCGUGCAAGUUUGUUUUUAAAUGAACCAGUAGAUGGCAGUAGUGUACCAUCAAAAGAUGCUGCAGAGCAUGGUUUGAUGGCAUAAGCGGGGCAGAUGGAAGUGGAAGUGCAUCUUAGUUUAUCACUGUUAAUAGCAUCCUUCACAAACGAUUCAUUGAAUUGUGAAUCAUAUUAUUGACUGAAAUUUGAUAAAUAAUGUUUAAUGUGGUCUUUUUGUGGAUGUCAGUAUAAAAUUGCACUAAUGUAUUU